UCUCUCAACACUCAAGUGAGUGAAUGAUUGUUUCUACUUGCGUGUUCUUCGUCAUGUACUAAAAAGAUUUUUUUAUUAAAAAUACAGCGUUGUCUAUUUAUUGAUCUUUAUUCAAUAUUUCAUUCUAUAAUUAUUAAGUUGUGUCGAUUCCAUUGUAAUCCAUCAAUAUUAUUGUUGCCAUCAAAUUCUUUAACCGGAAAUGGCUGAUGAAGAGGGUCAUCUUGUGGAGAGUGCCGGAGAAACUCAGUUAUUGUCAGCAGAGUAUAAGGAUGGCCAAUUGCAAAUUGUGGAAGUGACGCCUUUUGACAGGAGUGACCAGGGAGCGGAGUCUCAUAUACUGCCGGACUUGGAGGCUGAUGGCGGUCAGUCUCGAUACGUGCAAGUGAUCAACCCUGACAAGACUGUUAUGCAACUGGAUCUGCUGAACAUGACCCUACUCAGGUGUGAAGACGGAUCCGGCUCCUACAAGCUGGUGGCCAGCGCUGAGACCACCAGCGACAUACCAGCGGACUCCACCGUCACUUGCGUACUGCAAGGCAGCGACACUGAAGAUCCUGAUAACCAAGAUACAUACGUCAUGGUAAACGACGAUAAGGGACCCCUAGUAUUCCUACAGUCCUCCCUACCACAGACCAAUAGAAACAUGAUCCAGAACACUCCCAUAGAGCGACAAGAGAAGAAGCCUUUAACCCCUACGGAAAUCUUGGAGAAAGCCAAGCGACUCCAGAAGGCCAAAGCCUUAUUAACCCGCUCUUGUCCUUCCCCGAGCCGGAUGCGCGGCCGGAAACGGAAGUCGGACCUACCGCCGCCGCACGAGCUGCUCAACUCGCCUAACUUCAAACUGUUCUUGUAUUCCUGCAAGAUGUGCACCUUCAAAUGCAACGCUAUCAAAGAGAUGACUGCACACAAGGUUUGUACCGCCAAGACACACGCCGGCCUGCAGUGCGCGCGGUGCCCCUACAAGGGAUCCUCGCACUCACAGCUUAUGAGGCACGUUCAAGAGAAACACCUGAUUCAAACAUCAGCAGACAGUACCAAGGAUGUGGACACAAUGCAAGUCCUCGUGUGCGGCGCGUGCGGGUUCGAAUCCAGUUCCAGGAUCAUAUUUAAGAAGCAUCUAGAAGAUAAGCACGGAGCCAUCGCGCGUUAGUCUAGAACCUUCUAGAAUAUGUUGACAUUAAGUGAGAAUUAUGUUUAUGUAUACAGACUGCUACAAGAAAUGUAUAUUUAUAAUAUUUAGUUUAAUGUAAACGGUAGACAAAUCUGGGAGUCAGUAAUAGUGUUAAUUUAUUACGACGGCCUGAGCCGAGGUUCGAACCCCUGGCAGUGCCGUCAGACUAAGUAUAUACCUACCGAUGACCUAAUCAUCAACUAAACUUAGAUUUGGAUGACAUGAGGGGUAGGGGACCCCUCAACCUCAUGUCAAAGACUCCCAUAAUACCCAUAAUACAAGCACUGCUUAGUUUAGGACUAGAUGGCGCUGUGUGAAUUGUCCUAAGAUAUUAUUAUAAACUCUUCGUCUACUUGCCGUAUCGUUCUGAGCCUUGAUCAAAAUUACUGGAAUAAAAAAAAAAUUGUAUGAGAUUUUUUUGUAUUGUAGAUAUUUUUUCUUUAUAAACAGCAUGCUGUGAUUUUCCAUUAUUUUUUCCAUUCUGCAAUAAUAGUUGUGAGCCAGCAACAGGUUAUUGUGACCAAUUUCAAUGAGGUUGAAAACUUCCACAAUGGUUCUUCUCAAUUGAAUCUGGUAAACAACUCGAACUGCUUUUUUUACAACUAGCGUAUUCACAAUGUAUAUUAUAUAGAUGUCUGUGUCUAACUUUGAAUGAAAAUCCCGUGAUUGAUAAUUGAAAUGAACUUUAAAGUUAUAGUGCAUAAAGUUUAUUAUUAUCAACAAAAAGAUUUUGAAGUUUGUGAGGUAACUGUUCCUCAAACUACCCUCAGAAGACGUUCACUUGUCGUCAUAAUACAAACCUUAACCAAUUCAGAAAUUUUGAUUGAGAGGUAAUGGUAAACGAAAUUAGACCUUAUACUAUAUUAUAAAAAGAAUCACUUUAGUCUACUACUAAUCAACAUCAUUUAUUUUGUUAAUGAUUCGCGAAAUUAUACCCUAUUGUACUAUAAAUAGAAUCACUAGUUAAUCAACAUUUCUAUUGUUAUUCAUUAGCAUGGGAAUUGGAAUAUAUUUAUAUUUGAGUUUAAGUAAGUUAAUAAAUAGUUCUAAAUUA